UUUUAGGCAUGUGUUUGUGUGUGGUCGAAGAUGUGAGGUAAUGUCAACAAUUCAAGCGCUCAGGAAAAGAGCUCUGUUUUUUUUCCGGCUUAUUAUUGCCAUACUGGGCAGGCUGUGUUCUUGCUUUAAGCGAAGGAAAAAUAUCGGAGAGUUACCAUAUACAGUUGCUAAUCGAAAUCCACAAGCGUAUUGGAAGUCAGCUCUAAGUGAGGAACAAUGGAAAGGCUGGAGUGAUACCCCAUUUGUCACUUCAGUUGAAGAAAAAAUCAUAGAAUAUCGUCGUAAAAAAGCAGGACCAGAAGUUGCAACAGAAGGAGAAAUUGAAGCUGAUUUUUUUAAUGAUAUGCAACCCAAAGUUGUGCAAACUCCAAGAGCUUACAUUGGCAAUUAUCAUAACAUAUCUGCUCAGAGUAGCAAUUUAUUUGGUGUGGAAACAGACCAACUGCUACCUUCUCAUUUAAACGAACUUGGUAGUUUGGAGGAUACGAACACACAUGAUGAAGCUGAAAAUUGGGACACUCAAAUCGAUAUUGAGGGUGUUGACAAUGCUUUACGUGAACAAAGGGCUAAAGAAAGGCAAGAACGGCGACUGGCAAGACAAAUGGAGCAUGCAAAACGAUUUGAGCGAAGAAAGGAGUGAAUGGUCUCUUAAAAAAAAAAUUCUUUGAUGAAAAAUUGAAAAAUGAAAAAUUCUCUUAAUUCUCUGAUUUUUUCUGAUAGCUUUUCUUCGGAUUUUUCAGAAUUAGAAAAAAACUAAUUUUCCAGAGUUUCAAGGAUAAACAGAGAUAAUAAAGGAUUUCUG